AUGGAGGAACCACAAAGCCUGCGGUCUCUGUUUGCAUCAGCAAAGGAGCAGAAAGACAAACUAGGAUCGCGGGGCGAUACCAACACCGAAGCCUAUCGAGAUGACGUGAACGCGACGAUCGCCAAAUUCCAAGAAUGCCAGCGCCAAAUCAGCAUGCUGUCUUUGUUCAGCUCUAACGAGUCACUUGAAGAUGUAUCAACCAAUGAUAUUCAAUACAUGUCACUGGAAUACUUUCUCGCCGAACUCAUGCAGCGAGCUGCCACUUCAGACCGCGAAGCCUCCCUGAAACGCGCAUUGGAACAAUAUGAGAAAUUCCUCGGACGCUUGGACGAAUAUGAAUUACUCUCAGGUGGAGAUAAGAAGCUCUUUGAGCAGUACAUGGCCAACCCGUCAUCAUGGACCCUGGCUCCGGCCAACGAUGCCGCAGCUCGACGAGAGAUCAAGGUUAUACGGUUUAGAGAAGAGAAAGAAUUGAAACAGAAGUUGGAGUACCUCGCUCGCAACGAAGCACGACUGCAAAGUGACGACGACGACACCCGAUCUCUCUACCUCGCCGAGGUCCAGCUCUAUACACACCAGACAUUCCAAGCUUUGGAUCUGCUGAUGCAGGAGUUGUCGAUACUGUCAGCCAUGCGCAAUGCCCCGCCCGCUCCACCGCAAGCCGACGACCCACGCCAGCGGAGCAAUAUUGGAGGAUUAAAUUAUUCAGACCGUUUAGAUCCUUCAAUGUCUCAAUUGUUAGGAAAGGGAAGAGGUGGACCAAUUCUGAACAACAAAGGAAUCCCUAUGCAGCCAUUUACGUUGCUAGGCCGGCGCGCGGAAAUGCAGCAGGGUGUGUUCCGCUCCGGUCAUAACCUUCCUACUAUGACCAUUGAUGAGUAUCUUGAGGAGGAGCAUAGAAGAGGAAAUGUUAUUGAGGGAGGUGGAGAGGCAUCCGGUAUUAAGCCUGAAGUUGAUGAGGAUGAUCAUGCCAUUGCCGACCAGGAAACUAUGAAGGCUAGGUAUUGGGAUGAAUAUACCGAGGCCAAUCCCAAGGGAGCUGGUAACACGUUGAACCGGGGUUAA